AUGAAUGAUCGCGGACAAUAUGUACCGAGUGGGGACACUGUUAAACUCAUCAAUCGUCCAUGGAUUUCAGCUGUGGGAUCGUUCAGCAAACAAUUUUUAUCCUUUGUCACUCCACAACUAUUGGCUGAAGGACGUAAACACUAUAACUGUCCUAAUCUGGAUGGGAUUGAUAUAGAGAAUGAAGGUGGUGAAGGAACUGUUGGCACACAUUUUGAAAAACGCACAGUUGGUGAUGAAAUUAUGGCAGGUGUAACUGGCGUGAAGACAGUGGCAUCACGAUUGACACUGGCAUUCUUUAAGGAUUCUGGUUGGUGGGACGUCGAUUUCUCACUCGCUGAAAAAUGGGACUAUGGCAAAGGACUCGGCUGUGGCUUUGUAAUGGAAAGCUGUUAUGCGUAUAUCAGCAGAAUGAAGCAACAGGGAAAGAGUAUUGAACCGUAUUGUGAAGAGAAGAGUGAUUUGAUGUGUUAUCACAAAACCGCCUUUGGACUAUGUUCUGUUGCUCAGUUUACUACAAGUUUACCUCCACCUGAGCAAUAUUUCAGAGGUAUUCCUAAUCAAGGCGGGAGUAGUACACUGGUGGACAGAUGUCCAAUGGUUCAGAUUUCUUGUUCUGGUGGUCUCAAAGUGGUUGUCGGUGGACAACCGUUCCCCUGUCAAUCAGGUGUGGCAAGAAUUCAAACGAAGCAGAUUACUGGGGAGGCUAUCUGUCCACCACCAAAUGAAGUUUGUGGAGAAGCAGAAACAGGCUGUGAACUAUUAAUGGAUUUCCUGUUUUCUCAUAAUGAUUAUCUUUUUAUGGUCAAAAGAAUAAUAUUCUUACUACAUUUGUUAACAUUAUGUAUCAGCAGUGAACAUGUCUGUCGGACACUACAAGAUAUUAAAAUGACGUAUGCUAUCGUUUCACAAAGUGUUGAAAAACGUCAAACAUCCAGUAAUGAGUUAAAAUUUCAUGCAUAUUACACAGUGCAACUGAAAUCUAUGGGAAAUUUUACACAAUUCGAAAAAAAUGUGGUCAACAAGGCGUUGAAUUUUUGGGAAAAUGCUCUGAAGGUAAAAGACAAGUCUGGUGAACACAUACUUAUUUAUAGACCCUGUGAAGGACAACCUACUGCUACGGAUGAAGCGACAGGAGUAGCAUACUGCCCAAACGGAUGCAAAGAUACAGUCAAAUGUUAUGACUAUGAUGUACCAAAGGAAUAUCUUUCAGGAUGUAAAAUGCGAAAUCAGGAAGGAAAUGUAUAUACUGUACACGAGGAUGGUACAGGAGUGUUGCCUAACGCUUAUAUCAUAAUUGUUGACAGUUCGAAUACUUCAAAUUGUGGCGGUGGGACAAUAGCUUAUGCAGCACCGUGUCAAUUACAUCCAUCUACAGAUAGACCAAUAAUCGGAAUUAUCAACUUUUGCCCUGAUAAGCUGAAUGCUGCUAACUUGGAUAUUCCGUUGAUGGCUUCAACAGCAACCCAUGAAAUUGCCCAUGCUCUAGGGUUUACACCAGCAAAUUUUGCUCUAAUGCGUGAUGAAAAUGGCAAUCCACGAACACCACGUGAUUCGCAAAGUGAUACGCCAAUAAAGAUUGAUACGAAAUCCGGUUUCUUUAUUCCCAGUAAUAAUACACUCAGGACUAUCAAUCGUACAUGGGUAACAGCAAAAGGUGUAUUCACGAAGGUAUACCAGUCUUUAGUUACGCCAAAUAUUCUUGAAGAGGCAAGAAGACACUAUGGUUGUCCUGAACUAGAUGGUGUGGACUUAGAAAAUGAAGGUGGAGAUGGUACAGCAAACACGCAUUUUGAGAAAAGAAUAAUUGGUGAUGAAUUAAUGGCUGGUGCAACUGCAGUGAAAUUAAUUCCUUCAAGAAUUACUUUGGCCUAUUUUAAAGAUACUGGGUGGUAUGAUGUCAAUUAUUCUAUGAGUGGGAAUUGGAUUUACGGUAAAAAUGUGGGAUGUGAUUUUGUUAUGAAAAGUUGUUACGAGUACAUGAGAAAUCGAAAAUCAGAGGGCAAAAGCAUACGACCGUACUGUGAUCAACCUUUAACAGUCAACUGUAUGAACAGGAAUACUUACGGUCAAUGUUCACUGCGGAAAUCUAAACAAUCAAUCCCAGAGGAUGAACAGUACUUCGGUCCAGAUUCAGAGUUUGGUGAAGAUGAAUCGGCUUUUUAUAAGGGAGUUGCUGGUUUAGUUGAAAGUUGUCCAGUAUUUGUGCCUAUGCAAACUUUAUAUGGUGACAAAAUCUUAUCCUAUUGCGAUCAUGAAGGCAAUAAAGAAGUGACAGCAUCUGGUGAAAAUCUGUACAUGCAAAGUUUUGGUGAUAAUUCAAUCUGUAUAAUUCAUGAUUCACCAUGGCAUUUGAUCAGAGGAAAGAAGAAUAUGAAAGAUAAGAGGAUAUUAGGCACUUGUCAUAAAUAUUCUUGCUCUGAAAAACUUGAAAUCAUUAUUGGCAAUCAAAGUAUGGCAUGUCCAAUUAAAGGUGGCCUGAUUAAUUUUACAGCAAAGCGUGAAAAACUUAAAUUAAUGGGACGUAUUCAAUGUCCUAAUUACGAGUCUAUAUGUAAAGUAAGUUUUGUUGAUAAUUGA